AUGACUUGGAGGACUAACUCGCUCAAGUUGGGAUGCCCUAUGCAUAGAUCCGACACAGGAAACCCCACGCCGUUCCCGUCGCGGCUCGAUCAAUCGACAUCAACGCCCUCUUCAUGCCCAGUCAAGUCUCCAAACCACCCGCUGAGAUAUCAAACAUCGGAAUCAUCGAGCCAAACUCAAUCUUCUGAGCGAAAGACUCUGCAAUCCUCCUCUUCGACUCUCUCUAGACUGAAUCCUUUGAACUACAUGCCUUCCCUUUCCAACAGCCGCCCAGCCGAUUCCCCCCAAUCAAUAAAUUUGCCUCUCGACCGGGAACUGUCUUCCAUUCCUCGCAAUGAUUCGGAGUCAAAUUGGGAAUAUCCUUCUCCACAGCAAAUGUACAAUGCGAUGCUUCGCAAAGGCUACACCGACACUCCCGCUGAAGACGUCGAGGCAAUGGUUGCCGUGCACAACUUCUUGAACGAGGGAGCGUGGGCAGAGAUAGAGGAGUGGGAACGGAUCUUCUCUGGUGGGUUAUGGAAAGGCUGGGAGACUUGUUCACGCGGUGAACAAGCCAUCUCUUUGGAUCGGGCAAGGCAGGAAUACGCCGCUCAACGACGAUUAGCCCUCGGAUUAACCCCGGAUCCCCAGGAAGACGAGUCCAAACCAAAACUAAUUCGCUUCCAAGGGCGCCCUCAAGAACCUUCGCCCAAGGCCCGGAUCUUGCAAAUGUUGGGCAAGGUCUUCCCAGACUAUUUCUCUCAAGAACCUCCCUUCGACCGACACGACUGGUACGUCUCUCGAAAACUCCGCAAUGGGUCAACAAAAGAAGUCCGCUACGUUAUAGACUAUUACGGAGGCGGUGUCGAACAGGAAACAGGGCAGCCUGUCUUCUACUUGGACAUCCGACCUGCACUGGACACGCCGACGGCGGCAGUAGAGAGGGCCAUGAGGUGGGGAGGGGACGUGUGGCAUCGAGCAUCUGGAGGAGCGGCCAGGGAGGCUGCCGCAAGAACCCAAGAAAAGGAAAAUGGGUCAUGA